CGCGACGCGCGCGAACGAGCGCGAGCGAAAGCUUCCACGCGCGAAAACACGACGCGCACCGUCGAUCGACGCGCGCGAAUCACCGAGCGGCAGCGCGCGCGCGCGCGUGCGAUUCGAGUCGGAUAAAAGAUCGAACCAUGAGUGACGGCGCCAUCAUGGAUAAAAUCGCCGCGAUCGAGCUGGAGAUCAGCCGAACGCAGGUGAACAAGGCGACGAGCUCACACAUCGGUUCGCUUCGCGCGCGGUUGUGUAAGCUGCAGCGAGAGCUGGUCGAGCUCGCGGGACCGAAGGGUGGACCCAAAGGCGAGGGCUUCGACGUCACGAAGACUGGGGACUGUCGAGUGGGAUUGGUAGGGUUUCCGUCCGUUGGAAAGUCGACGCUGUUGACGAAGUUGACGGGGGUCUUUUCAGAGGCGGCGGCGUAUGAGUUCACGACGCUGACGUGCGUGCCGGGAGUGAUUAAAUACAGAGGCGCUCGCAUUCAGUUGCUCGAUCUUCCCGGUAUCAUCGAAGGCGCGAAGGAUAACAAAGGUCGCGGUCGACAGGUGAUUUCCACGGCGAGAACGUGCGACGUGAUAAUCAUCGUGCUCGACGCGUUGAAGCCGUUUACGCACCGCAAAUUAAUCGAACACGAAUUGGAGGGUGUGGGCAUACGCUUGAACAAGAAACCGCCGGCGAUCACUUUUAACAGGAAAGAAAAAGGUGGGAUCGCGUUCACGCCUAACCCCAACGGGAAGACAACCUUCUUGGACGAAGAGACGGUGAAGAGCAUUUGCGCCGAGUACAAGAUUCACAACGCCGACGUCAAGCUCUUCGCGGAUUGCACGGAUGAGGAAUUGAUUGAUGUCAUCGAGGGUAACCGCAUCUACACCCCUGCGGUGUACGCGGUGAAUAAGAUGGACUCCGUUUCGUUGGAAGAAUUGCAGCUCAUGGAUGACAUGAAGCACUACGUCAUGACGUCUUCUGAAAAAGAGUGGAACUUGGACGGUUUGUUGGAGAAGGUUUGGGAGUAUCUCGAUUUGAUUCGCGUGUACACGAUGCCGCGAGGUACGCAGCCGAACUUCGACGAACCAAUCAUUCUGCACAAGAAGAAUUGCACGGUUGAAGAUUUCUGUAACAAGUUGCACAAGACGAUUAUUCGCACGUUCAAGCACGCCUUGGUGUGGGGGACGAGCGUGAAGCAUCGUCCGCAACGCGUGGGUAAGGAGCACGUGCUCGAGGACGAGGACGUCGUUCAAAUCCAAAAAACGCACGGAACCUAAUGGAUAUGUUGUCUUAGAA